UCUCACUCCUGUUCCCUCUCUCUCUCUCUCUCUCUCUCUCUCUCUCUCUCUCUCUCCUCUCUAAACCACUCGAAGCUAGGGUUUCGCCAAGGUGAUCUCGCUCCCUUCAGCCAUGGAGGAGGCCCCGAGGAAGACGAAACCGGAGGAGGAAUCCUCUCCUACAGAGGAUGGAUCGCCUCUCGCACCGGAGCCGAAGAGGAGGCGGAUUUCCGGCGAGGAGGACGACGGCGGCGGCGCCGGAGGAGGAGGAGGGGCGGAGGAGGAGGAGGAGGAGGAGGAUACACAAUGGGAAGAUACGGCUACUAAUGCGAGUAAGGAUAUCACUGGUUCCAAAAAGGAAAUGGAGCAAAUUUUGAAAGCAACCAACAGACUUGUUGACCAGCUUGAAGCAAAAAUUGGGGCAGACACGGAUAUCAAAAAGCUCAUCUCUGGAAUCAGGAAUGGCAUCCGAACUGCUCUAAAUGAUGUGAGUCAGAUGACUGAUAAAAUUGAUGACGAUGCUGCAUGUACUGAUUGAUGCAGAACCAGCUAAUUCCUCAUUACCUGAUGAUGCCGAGGUCGACUCACCCAACAACAGUCAAUAGCAAGCCAGUGCGGUAUGAGAAGAAAUGGGGAUCUGUAGAUACACAGCCACUUUGCGUAAAUACCAACGAGAGCGGUGUAAAAGCCCCAAUACCGAAUACCGAUUUUCCUUUUGAUUCUAUAAUUAGUCAAUUACGUUUUACAUAAUAUGUUUACGUCAUAGUUCGCAGAUUUGAGCUUUUUUUUUUUCCUUAAUGUGUCGGAUUUAAACUUGAGAAAGAUUAAUGAUACAGAGCAAGUGCUCUGCACGUAGCUACCAAAGAUUUACACAGCCCGGUUA